ACCUAGAAACACUCAUUUGGUUCCUACGCUACCAAUUCACAACAUCCAGUCACUUUAACCACAUAAUUAAACCCCAUGGUUACAGAAGACAAGACCUAAACCGAUCCUAAAGGAGACAUACACAAGACAUCUUUAUGGAGCUAGCAGUGAUCGCCUAAAGAUCAGAAUGAGAUGCUUGGAUCGCCUGACACAACACUGAAGUGCGUAUUGUCCGAAUGCCUACUUCACACCGGGGUCUACGUCUCCGAACCUUACACCAAAAGGCGGAGCAAAAGCUGUACAUACAUGGAAAAAACCAGACCCUAGACUAGCCGGAUCAUACACUUCAUCACCAAGCUAUGGUCACCAAGGAUAAGAUUUCAGUGCUUGUCCCAAUAGCCACUACAUCCAAGGGAGCUUUACCAGUAGAAGCAUAAGGCCAUUGGUGUUCCUUGCUACGAGCCUCUGCCGCCAGCGGACAAACGGUCCGAAAGAAAACACCGAAAGGUCACUAGGGGUGAAGACAAUGAACCUCCAGCUAGUCAUAACCACUCGGUUUCUCAUGACAGUUCCAUCUGUUGGCUUCUUAUAAUGGGAAUCGGGUUCGUGACCAGCAGAAUCCUCGCCAAAGGGGCGCGACACCGAUGUGGAUCAAACCACCGUAAUUCUUUGCCUCCCGUCGUGACCAAGCCGAAUAUUAGUCCGGACUGAAAGACGGUUUGUGAUGAUAGAAAAACGCAAUCAGGAUUUUGAAUGGGGCUUCAUGGAAGCCGAGACUUGCCGUGAGCCCACUAGUCAUCAUUCGUCACACCUUUCCUCUGCCCGUCUCACGGACUCACGAGGAGAAACAGUCGCGCUGGAGGAGAUCUCUACCCCUCUUUACGCGCCAUCAUCGGCUAGAUCUACACCAAGAUCUUAAAAAGACAAAACUAGCUCUGGUCAGAUCUACAAACCUAAAAGCCGACUCUCCUGACCUCAGCCUCACCAACAUCUCGCCGCCACUCCAAACAGGUUCUCCGACUCCGACCAGCACCACGCCGCUCCGGAGGGCCCGACCUCUUCAGAGUCACUUGCAUAUCGAUCCGGUUUGGAACUGAAAGAGAGGAGAGCAAAAUCAAAAACCAGGAAGGGAAGAAGGGGAGACUCCGGCAACGCCGAGCGGCGGCCGGAGCUAACUAGGGUUUCGCUCUUUUUGGGUUCUCUCUCUCACACUCUUUUUUUACAACCCCAAUUUAUUCAUUCUAUAUAGUAGCGGUUCCACGCAGAAACUAUGGAAGCAGAAGCUUUAGUUAAAUAUAUAAUAUUAUCGGCCAAUAAUUUUCAAUGUUUCUAGUAGUUCAGUUAGUUAAAGAUUGUUGUGAUUAUGUUGAAGGUAUUUGCUUCGGAUAUAAGUGCUUGGUAGUGCAUUAACCAAUUGAAAUAGAAUACAAAUGUUUCCUUCGAAACAAAAAGCAACAACAACACAAUGGUACAAAAGAAAAAAAAAAGAUGAACUGGAGCAUUAGACAACAGCAAAACUCAACCCUUGGAUUACAAAGUUUAUCAUCGAGCACACAAAAAUCCCCAGAAAACAAACCUUACAACACUAAAUUCACACAUGACUCAAAUAAAAAGCCUCAAGUCACUAUCUCGAGAAUUGCCUCUCUCAUGAGUUAAUAAGAGGCAUGGAUUACUACUAUAUGGGCAAGAGAUCUUCUUUGUAACUUGAUCCAGGCGAUAUCUCCAAAAAAUCUUCAACAUCCCCAUGUUAGUUUCCUUUUCUGCUGAUGCUACCUCGCUGUUGAUGGUAAAUGUUUAUUAAUUUCAAGUUCAUGAUGCAAUCCUCAAACAUAUGAGUUGUCUUUGGUUUUGGCCCAUGAGAAAUGAUACAUGUAUAUCCUCAGAGAGGGCCAUCUCGUGUGUAACGAACGAGCAAGAAUAAACCUGGCUAAAGAUGAUAUUCAUAAGAAAUGAGCUUGAUCUGCUCAGGGAGUUAUGUUCCUCAGCAACAACUGUAUCCUAGGCAUCAGCGACUGAAUUACAAGGACGAGGUUGAAUGUUUACCACACCAGACAGUGAACUGGGCACAACAUAGUUCUUAGGCAAGGAAUUGGACUUAAGACAAGGAUUAGGCUUGAUUUUAAGGGCAAGGAUGAUGUAGUCCUUUCUGAAGAAAUCAUCAGUUUGACCUUCUCCUUGAAAGCUGGAGCUUAGAAGUGAGAGGCCAACUUUUGUCAGAAAAUCACCUGUUACGAAAUCUGGGAGAUGAAGGGGCAGCUGGAGACCUGGGGCUGAAGACACCACCAAAGAAUGAAAAAUCAAGGGGAGAAGUAGGCUCUUUCCCUGCUGCAUCAGCAGCAUCAAGUCAAAAAAAGAAGCUAGGGAUGCUAAAGAGCGGGCCAAUGCUGCUAAUGUGUUUGAGAUCAACUAUUCACUCAACGUAUUUGUGGAGUCUGAAUUAGCCUCAGACAUUCCAAUUACGGUAAAACCUCUAUAAAUUAAUAACGUUGAAACUUUGAAAUUUUAUUAAUUCUUAUAGCAUACAAGCUACCUUCGUUUGGAAUCCAUUCAUAAGCAUCUCCGGCUUUAUAAUAGUAUUUUUCAUAAUCAAAGUGUAUGUUUGUGAAAGAACUCGUCGUCUUAUGUAAAAAUCAAUAUGAUUAACACUCAAGUUAGAUGAAGCUGCACGGUUUAACCAUAAAAAUUUACCAAGUUAUACAUUUUUACCAAUAUAGUUAUAUCAAGUUAUAAAUUUUAGUUAGUACAAUUUUACCUAGUUACACAGUGUUAUUUAAUUGUACAAUAUAGUUUUACCAAAUUAUACAGUUGUACGGUUAUAGCUAUACAUAAUUAUACAUAGUUAUACCAUUUUGUUCAUACCAGGUUUUAUUACUUUUUUUUAGUUUUUUUUUAAAUCAAAAUACUAAUUUGAUACAUUUUUUAUGAUUAUACCAGUGUUUGAUUAUCCAAAUAGAUCGAGACCCAUUGUUCUCAAUGCUCAAUUAGUUAAUUAUGUACACGAAUUUGAAGUUAAAGUUAUUAAUUUUUCACGAAUGAAUUAAUGGAAAAGAUAAAUGUCAAAUUAAAUGGAGUUUGAACAAAUCUGGGUUGAAGAUCUACAUUAGGGAGAAAAAUGAAGAAAAUAAGAAACUUUAGAUUUAUUGUAUGUAAAUUUUAGAUUUAUUGUAUAUUAAAUUUAUAAAUUAAUAAAGUACUUUUAGUUAUGAAAAUAGAUAAUAAUAUAACAUUAUAUAUAUAUAUAUUUAAUAUGUACAGUAUUUUGGAUCGUUUUAAUCCACUUUUACCAUUCAAACAUAUAUUUAGAUCGAUAGAUCCACUUUAACCACACUUGUACCGUUAAAUCUGCUUGAUCUACUCUUGUUCUACUCGAUCCGCUUGAUCUACUUUUGUUCUAUUCUAUCCGUUUGAUCCAAGUUUGACUCAUGUAUUUGUUAUAAUUUACUCUCUCUUUCUCCCAUUUUUAUUUUUAUUUUUUUCUUAUUUUUUCUUUUUUAUUUUCUUCUCAUUUACUCCACAUUUUUCAAUGAGACUAGAUUUUUUUCUUGUAUACUUUUUAAUUGAAACACUGAUUGAUAGGUUUCAAAUCAAGAGCGACAAUAGUUUACUUGCAAUGGAAAUCAAUUACACUAGCAUUCAUUCAACCAUGACUUGAAUUCAGAAUCUGGAAAGUCAUGGAACCUAGCGGUGGGCACAGAUCACAUACUAAUGUAAAUUUUAGUAUCUGCAGUUUGCUUUGUAGUUUACGGAAAUCUGAUUUUCCGAUUUGUUUUGAUUCGAAAAAAUACGGAUAUCCAGAUAAUUAACAAUCGGAUAGUUACAAAUAUUUCGUCCACUUUGUUCAAUACAAGUAAAUCUAAAAAACUAUACAAGUUUAUUUUUAAAAUAUCUUUAUAUAAUAUUAAACAAAUGGUGAACCUAUAUGUUCCAUAAAUUUAAAUUUUUUUCUUUUUUUAUAAAAUAUAACAUUUUAUAAAAUUGUAACGUUUAUAAAGAUUUUAUAUUUCUUUUUUUUUGUCAACAUAUUUCUUUCUUAAUUUAAUAUUUUUAUAAGUAAUUUUAUAAAUGAAAUUAUUAAAAUUAUAUGUUAAAAUAAUAAUUAUAUAAAAUUAUACAUUUACAACUCUCUAUUUAAUUGUAAAUAUAUUUAUAUUGUAUAAAAUCAGAGUGGAGAGGAUAUCUGACCCUAACUUUUUUAGUAUUUGUGAUUUGAUUUUUUUUAACUGAUAUUUUGAUUUUUAAUAUUUUUUUGCUUCAAAAACUUAGUAAAACCCAUAUUUUCCUGAUCGGAUCAAAAUGAAUAACGAAUCAAAUCAAAUUUAACGGAUAAAAUGUCCAGAACAACAAAUCCAAGAAGAAAAACUUCCCAAUUAAUGACAUUGCACAAUUUUAUUUACCUACAGUUUCAGAUCAGAGACCAACAACCCUCUCUCCGUCAUCAGUCUUGUGUAUAUGGGGAAGUCCUCAAACUAAAUCUCCAGAGAUGAGGAAAAAAAAAUGCCAAACCCAGUGCAGCAAUCGGUGUAUGGUUACCUGUCAAAGAUAAAAAGAGAGGCAGGAAAGCUGCAGUCGUCGUCGUCCAAAUCAUUGUCAUCAUCCAAGAAGUGGGUGCUUAGCUAUAAGCUCCACAAAAAGCUCUCCUCCUUAACGAAUGUACGACGUCCCAGCAAGACCAGCAGAUUCAACGACGACCACCCCCAGGAUCCCGGUCAGGCCGCCACCUUGUCCGAUAUCGACCGUUUUCUCGAGGAAAACUUCAAAUCCCUCUGCAUCAGAGAUGGCGGCGAAGAGGGGGAGGAGGACCACCGUCGGAGGAUGAGCAAAAAGAAGGAGAAAAGGGAUCAGUCCUCGGAUGACUCAUCCGACACUGAUGAAGACGACUACUAUCGUCACAGAUUCCAGAGGACAUGGGAACCUGCGGUCUACGACUCCCCCAAACUGCCAGAUCCGCGGAGGAGAACAGGGAGACUAUCUCCACCACCUGGAUCAUCGGAAGGUACGCCCAGCAUGUACACAACGCCGGAGGAGGAGAGACGGUCGUUGAGGUCCCACUCAUCGAGCUUGGUGCUGCCUGAGAACUGCAUCGCGGUGCUGAGAUGCACAGAAGAGCCUCAGGAGGAUUUCAGGAGGUCGAUGGUGGAGAUGAUGGAGUCCAAGCUAGGAGGGGGCGAGGUGGACUGGGACUUGAUGGAAGAGCUACUCUUCUGCUAUCUCGAUCUCAACCACAAGAAAUCACACAAGUUCAUACUCAGCGCAUUCGUCGAUCUCAUCAUCUCUCUCCGUGUCAAGGAGAAGAGGGUCACCAGGAAAAGCCUUGAGAUGUCGCUCAGUACUCGCGCCGCCAGGGACAGGUUUAGUAAGAGGAGCUAUGCCUCUCGAAACUAGCUUGUACAACUUCCCUUCUUUUCUUCAUCUUUACAUCAAACCAUUUUAAUUUAUUUUAACAUUCAUGUCUUUCUUCUCAGCCUUUAAAGUCAAUGCUUGCAUGUAUCCAAUGAACUUGUUAUAUUCUUCUGUGUUAAGCUUUUCUUUGACCUAGAGUUAAGAUCACUAGCUGCACUGCAUGACUUCCAAAUAUCUUCACACACUAAAAGAGAAACACGUGAGGGUUGUGGGAUUUCAUGCAGAUGUAUCUGCUUCCUUGUUAUCACUGGAAACUUCCGCUAUUUCUGCUUCUCACAGUUGUCACAUUCUAGAUCAACUAUUUCAUAUCUCCUCGUCACUUAGUUCCAUUAGUUCUGUCUUCCUUGAAGAACAAGCCUGCAUAACUUGUCCCAUUGGCCUUCUUCGGCCCUCUUUUCUCAUCCACAUCUUUCUUGUCAUCCUCAUCUUCGCUAUACUCACUCUCAUAAUCAUCGUACUCCUCCUCUUCCACCUCCAUACCUUCUUCUGCGUUUGCACCCUCAUUAGAAACCAAUCCCCUUGUCCCAGCCCUGGUUCUUUUCAAGACUUUGACCUUCAGUGAUGUCUUUUUGUCACACCCGAUCCAUGAGUCGCACAUGCAGUAGCAAGUCAAGUUUUACGUACCCUCUGAGGGUGCUUGGAGUUUACCCAUUACCAGUGCUGACCCACUUUUAACUAUCUCAAUCGCUUCUCUCACUGCAUCGCUUGUUUCCUUCACCCCUGCUCCCGAACCUUCCAUCGUGUCACUGAUGGUUUUUGAUGCAGCCGUUAUGGCUCCACCUUCUGAGAGAACAACACGUUGUUCGAAAAUGAAUCCUCUAGGAGAACCCAAUAGUUUUCCUCCUUGUGGAACGGGAAUAGGGUGCGUGUGGAAGAGCGCCUAUGAGCCCAUUGGGUCGUUUCAGAGUGACCCAAGCUUGAAGGGUAACAAUGUCACCCUCUUGGAUACCCUCUUCGCUUUCUGUCUCACAUGUUAUAUGUCUAUUGUCAGAGACGGCAUCAUCUCUAGUACCUUCUCAAUGUCCUCACAUCAGUUGCUACCUGGGUUAGCAAUUCAGAACGGUCCGCCAAGCUAAUUUCUUGAAGCUCUUGGAAUGAUUUAACCUUCUGAAAAUUGGACAAACAACUACACGCUUAACAAGACGAAAAUAUGACUGCACUUACAAAUUUGAUAGUAUUAAUAUACCUUCCGUGCUAUCUUCUUAACGACCGUGUCACUGAAAUGAGGGAGCCACAAGAAAGGCGCAAUUCCUUCUGAGGAGACUCCAGAAGACUUCCUUGCACUAAGGGGAACAGCCUGUGAUGUUCAAAUUUGAGUUAAUCUUCCACAACAGCAACCUUAAGCCACUUCUUGACUUUCCAUAAGAAGUAAAUCUAGUGGGGAAAUGAAUAUUCUAGAACACGUCUGAAAUCACCUUGCAGUGCUGGAGACAACAUCGCUGAUUCACGAGUUAACUAGGCUUGUCUCAACUGCUCCGUCUGUACACAUAAAUAAAAAAAAAGUUAGUAUUUCCGUUAAUCAAUGUUAGCGUUACAGUUGGCUAAUUUAAAAUAUCACCUCCACUAUGGCAGGAUGCUGCUUCCAAAACUUGGCUUGCUCUUGCUUCAUGUUCUUCAGGUCCAAAUUUAGCUCACUCCUAACAGACAUAAAGAGCUUCUGCAGAGGUUCAUCAUCAGUUCUACGAACUGGAAUCUCCAUGUACUCAGCUGCCUUGGUAAAAAACUUCCAUAACUUUGCUGAACAACCAAGAUUAAUUAUAGAACAUGUUAAAAAAACAAAGCCUAUUUUCAUGCACCUAUUAGCAUCACUCUGAAAGUGUGUAUGAGUGAAUAUACCUUGGGGCCAAAGAGGGAUUCAUUAGAUAAUAAUAUGCAGAAAGAGUAGUUCCCGGUUGAUGACCUCGAGAGAUAAAUAACAGCAAUCACAAGGGGCAAACACCAACUAUCCACAGAAAUAGUAUGCCACCGGAUGCUCCAUCUAUGUCAAGGAGAAAUCGAGGAAGAGCAAUGCCCAUUUGAAAGCCCUGUGUCACAUUAUAAUAUUUAAGUAACAAUAGACUUGACGAUGGUGGGAGCCCAAGUCGCAAAAAAAAUGCUACAUAUUUAUACCUGUCUGCCAUCUGGAUGACCAUACUUGUCAAAGUUUUCACGGGAUAAUGGAUCAGUCAGCCUGGUAUGCUUUAGAAAUGGACUCCACAAAAUAUUUGUUGGCCUCUGCGGAGUUCAGAUACAUAAAAUAAAAUAGUGUCAACAGCUGCAACCGUAAUAAUUAAAAGGGAAGAAGUAUGAAAGAGAAGACAAGAAAGCAUUUCGACCUGGAUCAGGGUUUUUGUCAGGAUGGUAUUGAAUAGACAGCCUUCUAUAUGCUUUCUUGAUAUCGGAAUCUGAAACUCCAGGUUCCAAUCCAUGUAUACUAAAUGGGUCCAAAACUUGAGUCUGUACUACCAUCCAGUAAAAGUAAAUAAGCAAGUAGAAUUUGGUAAUAGAAAAUUCUCGAGGACAUGCAAUCAGAUGAAGAUGGAGAAUGAAUAUUUACCUCAUGGCUCAUGCUCUUAGUGUGUAAUAAAUUAAGAAAAUCAUCACAAUCCACAGGAGCACGAGUGUCAAGUUGCUCCAUGUAGAGAAUAUUAACAAGUCAAGAGAUCUUGAGAGAAAAUAUUAACAAGUCAAGAGGUUUCGAAACACAGAGAAUCGAUAUUGAGAUUACCUUUUUGAAUAAGGAUCCUUUAUACUUGCCAGAGCGGUCACACUAGAGACACUGACAGUGAAUGGUCCUUUGUUUCUUGGAGACAGUACGUCUCAACUUGACCAUGGUAUAAGGGACCAACGGAUAGCUAUUAUGGUCAAAAUGACAAUGGGAAACAAUGCGCUGUUCUCUUCUGAGGCCCCCCAUCUUUAAUACGAGAGUCCUAAUUGAGCAGUUCUGUUAUAAUAGCUACAGGAAUCCAAGGAGACAAAAAAAAUACAUGUCCUGCUAGUACGUAUAUCAGGGCUGGAUCUGAGGGUAAGACAAUAAAUUGAAAAUUUGUUCUAUUGUUAUUGUUUCAUGAAUAACAAAAAAAAAAAAAUACGAUUAAGUGUGUUUAUAUAUUUACAGAUUCCAUAUAUUUUAAAAAUUUAUCAACUUUUAAAAUUUACAUAGAUCAAUCUCUCAAUAAGAGUAGCUUUUGGUUUUUGUAUUUUAGUUUACAAAACUUUUGGUAUUUCACUUUUCACUUGUUGUAAAUUUUCAGUUAUACAAAAACUGGUUAUUUAUUUGAGCAUAAUAUAACAAAUUCACUAAUAAAAAUAUGUAUAAGGUUUAACAAGUUUAUAAACGAAAAGGUUCAAAUAACAAGAAAAAAAAAAGCUAAGGUUUUGCAUCAUCGCACUUCACACACUUUGGGAUUAACAUGGCGGCUUGUUUUGUGGUUAA